CCCAAGUUCGCGACCCCGCUUCCUCUCCCCUUUUCUCCUUUCGGUGCCCGAGUGCCGCCGGGCUCGCCGCGGGGCGGCACGCUCGAAACAGGUGGCGGCGGAGAUGGAGAUGGGCCUCGAACUCCAACCAGCUGCAGCGCCGUAGUCUCCUCCACUCGCGAGAAGGCAGAGGGGGAGGGGAAUCGGCGGAGACCAUCGCAGAGUUAUUCUCCUCCCUCCUCUUGGAAGGCUGUGAAAUCCUCCCUGGCGCUGCUAAGCCUCCGAGCUCCCUCCGAGCUUCCGAGCCAUCUCAAGCAGAUCUCAGUCAGUUGAUUACUAGCUUUCCUUUAUGACCUUGCUGCUAGCUUGUAAAAGAUGAGCUCAAAAUGUGGAGCUCCAAAAGUUAGAAAACCAACAAUCAAUUACCACCGUCUUCCAUUAGAUGGUCAUCAGUUUGAUCUGGAUGCAUUUCUUACUAAGGAUCGUAAUGCCAAUAACCAAUCGAAGCCAAGUACUCAGUCAGGAAGCAAAUCUAUAGAUAGAAGAUUAACCACUCCACAGUUAGUAUCAGCAUUGACUGGGAUCUGGAAUCUUGUCGGCCAGCCAGAAUCUUCCGGCACAGCUCAAAUAUCCGAGAGCCAUGAAAUUCUGCAUAAAGAUGAACCUGUGUGCUUCAGCAAAGAGCAAAAGGAACAUGCAUUGAUGUCUUGCUGUGCUGAAAACUCAACUGGUCUGAGCUCUCAAAACUUUUUAUCAACGCCAAAAUCAAUCUUUGAAGAUCUUAGUUUGGUGAAGAAAAUGUUAAUGCUCACAUCAUGUAGCAGCAUGGCUGGUGGCUCUUCUACAUGGAGACAUGUGCAUGUUGGGAGUGCCUAUUAUUUAAAGUAUCAGAAUAUAUAUCCCAUGCAAACCAGAAUGAUGCACACCUAUGCUGUUUCUGGCAGUACGGAAUUUAAGAAGGAUCAAAGCUUUAGAAGGGACGAUAACCAUUCCAGCCAAACAAGAAACAUGCCAACUGAGCUAUGUACUAGCUCCAGUGAGGAGGCUCACAUUUACGAAAGUUCUCUGCAUGGUACUAAAUCCAAUCUAGAGAUUAUUCCAGAAUAUUGUAGUUCUUCAUCUUGUUCGUCUCAGCAAAUGGUGACUUGUGAAGAGACAAGGAUAAUGCCAGCAGACCAAAUUUCGAGUAACACAUGCACACUUACUGAGAACUCAGUGUGCAUAUCUUGUCCGGUGGGUGAUGCUGUGGUUAUUAAUUCAGAACACACAGAUCAAAAUGUUGAUGGUCUUAUGUCUCAGGAGCACUCUGUAGACAAGUAUUCACCACAGCUGGAAUCAUCUGUUCAACAUCGAUUUUAUGGUGCUGUUAAUCUGAACAGGCAUGCUGUGGCAGGAGCAUUAGCUGGCACAGUAGUCAGUGUUUCUCUGCAUCCAAUUGAUACAGUGAAGACCAUUAUUCAGGUUAACAGUUCUCGACGAAGUUCAUUCUACCACACGUUAAGGCGCGCCCUUGUUGAGAGAGGAGUUUUAGGACUUUAUGGAGGGCUUGCUAGCAAAAUUGCUUGUUCUGCACCAAUUUCAGCAAUCUAUACCUUAACUUAUGAAAUAGUCAAGGGGUCUCUUCUGCCUAUUUUGCCAAAGGAGUAUCAUUCAAUUGCUCAUUGCACUGCUGGUGGUUGUUCUAGCAUUGCAACUUCCUUCGUUUUUACACCCAGUGAAUGCAUAAAACAGCAGAUGCAAGUGGGUUCACAGUAUCAGAAUUGCUGGGAUGCUUUAUUAGGAUGUCUUCGAAAGGGUGGCAUUACUUCACUAUAUGCUGGAUGGGGUGCUGUUCUUUGCAGAAAUAUCCCACAUUCCGUAAUUAAGUUUUACACCUACGAGAGCCUGAAGCAGUUCAUGUUGAAAUCAGCUCCUGCUAAUGCCAAUCUUGAUUCUGGGCAGACACUUUUCUGUGGAGGUUUUGCUGGGUCUACUGCUGCUCUGUGUACAACUCCAUUUGAUGUUGUUAAGACGCGAGUACAGUUACAGGCACUCAGCCCUAUUAGCAAGUAUGAUGGGGUUCUUCAUGCGCUCAAAGAAAUUUUUCAGCACGAAGGCUUGCAGGGUCUUUACAGGGGUUUGGCUCCAAGGUUGGCUAUGUAUAUAUCUCAAGGGGCUAUAUUUUUCACAUCCUAUGAGUUCCUCAAAACAAUUAUGUUUUCUGAACAAGAGCUUCAUGCAAGGAACUUUUGAUCACAGAAUGAUGCAGCGUGGUUCAGGAACACUUAAAGCAUCUGAGUUUCAAGAACAAUCUCAUGAACUAAGUGGGAUGGUUCUAUUAGGCUAGAGGAUUGUAGACUUGUGGUUACUGAACCAAACAUUUCUUAGGUCUUGAUAGUAAACAUUUGUACAAGUGUACAUUACAUUUUUGGAUACAUAGGCAACCAAACUGGUGAGCAGCCAUUUUUGAGUAGAAAUCACAUCUAGGAAAGCAAAAUUUUGUAUCAUCAACACAGUUUGUAAAUUCCCUUACAAGCAACCUGUGACUGGAUGUGCAUCCUAAUUCCUGAUAUUGAAUUCUGACAGAAAAAAAGAAGGCAAGUCUUUUUUUACUUGAAUA